CUGACAGACCCGCUCGCGUCGCGUCGUUCGUUCGCGUCUUUUGACUUCAUUGCUUAUUACUCGUCUCUUUAUUAAUUAACCUAUCCGCCGGUUGCGAGGCAGAAAAAUACUUUAAACUUAACAAAACCUAAAAAGAAUAUUACAUACCUGCAUCACCGGCUUUAACUAUUUUCAAAGGUUUCGAUUUCUUCAAGUUUAGUGCCGCAGUGAAAGUUUUCACACAUCACAAUUUUUUGAGAUCCAUCCUCUUUUAUUUUUCGUCAUGACUCUAGAUAUUCGUCCCAACCACACGAUUUACAUAAACAAUCUUAAUGAGAAAAUUAAGAAGGAAGAACUUAAGAAAUCUCUGUAUGCGAUUUUUUCACAGUUCGGUCAAAUUUUAGAUAUUGUGGCCCUCAAAACAUUGAAAAUGCGUGGGCAAGCGUUUGUUAUUUUUAAAGAAAUAUCCAGUGCUACAGUAGCCCUAAGAAGCAUGCAAGGAUUCCCAUUUUACGACAAACCAAUGAGGAUUCAAUACUGCAAAACUGACAGCGAUGUUAUUGCUAAAAUCAAGGGCACCUUCCAAGAAAGACCAAAGCGUCCUAAAAUGCCAAAGUCAGAGGACAGCAAGAAGAAGAAGAAGAUGGAUGCCAGUCGCCAUGUGCCCGGUGUUGGAGCGCCAAGCUUGCUGAACAACGUCAAUGUUGAACAACCGCCUAACCAGAUCCUCUUCCUCACAAAUCUGCCAGACGAGACAUCUGAAAUGAUGUUGUCUAUGCUUUUCAACCAAUUCCCUGGCUUCAAAGAGGUUCGUCUUGUGCCAAACAGGCAUGAUAUUGCUUUUGUUGAGUUUGCCAAUGAAAUGCAAUCAGCGGCGGCAAAGGAAGCACUCCAAGGUUUCAAGAUCACUCCAACGCACGCUAUGAAGAUUACAUUUGCUAAGAAAUAAUGUACAAUGUAUCAUUUAAAGAGUAAUAAAUAAAUUUUAAGUAACUGA